GGUUUUGGGUUUCAGAGAAAUCAUUCAGUAAUUGCAAAAUGCAUCUACAGUACACAGCUUUGUUGGGGCUCUUGAGCCUGGUUUUAUUUUGUGGAGCAAGUCCGUCUCACCGGGUUAGAGGCAGUUCGGCCCCACCACCUCUCACUGGAGGGAUAUUAAGUGUCUCUCGCUCUCCCGAUUCUACUGAAAGUUCGGAGGACCAACCGCUCACUGGAGGGAUAUAUAGGUCCCAUUUUAGACGCAGUACGGAGGCCCCACCACCUCUCACUGGAGGGAUAUUAAGUGUCUCUCGCUCUGCCGAUUCUACUGAAAGUUCGGAGGACCAACCGCUCACUGGAGGGAUAUAUAGGUCCCAUUUUAGACGCAGUACGGAGGCCCCACCACCUCUCACUGGAGGGAUAUUAAGUGUCUCUCGCUCUCCCGAUUCUACUGAAAGUUCGGAGGACCAACCGCUCACUGGAGGGAUAUAUAGGUCCCAUUUUAGACGCAGUACGGAGGCCCCACCACCUCUCACUGGAGGGAUAUUAAGUGUCUCUCGCUCUCCCGAUUCUACUGAAAGUUCGGAGGACCAACCGCUCACUGGAGGGAUAUAUAGGUCCCAUUUUAGACGCAGUACGGAGGCCCCACCACCUCUCACUGGAGGGAUAUUAAGUGUCUCUCGCUCUCCCGAUUUUACUCUACCACCUUACGACCCAGACCACCCUUUUACUUUCGAUCCUAACGACGACCCACUCCUUGGCGCUGGCAUUAUAAUAUAAAUCAGGGAUUCAACUACUUCUAAAUCGGAGGACCCAGGCUUUCUUGACGAGAUAUAUAACAGGGAUUCAGAUACUUCUUCAUCUUCUUCUGCUCCUGAUUUUACUUAAUCUAACUAUGAAUACCAACUUUUUAUUUUGUUUGUUGUUGCAACCUAACUAAACUUGUAUUUUAUUUUAUUUUUUUGUUUUUUGUUUACUUAAUAAAUCCAAAUAUAUUUGCAUA